AUGACCGCAACGCACGAGUUGCAGCCGCUCGUGGCCACGUCCCGUCGCAGUCGACCGCAUCAGCGCUGGAUCGUCCUGCUCGGCAUCGCUGCCACGUGCUUGCUGGUAGCUUUUCAAAGGUCCGGCGAGCACCCACCGGUCCUUCGGCCGCCAGCGCUGGCGACAGUGCGCGUCGACUUGGCACCGAACGUGUCGAGCCCCCGCGGGUACACGGCCGUCGCGACCUUUGGCGUGCGCUACGACGCCCAAGACGCGUACGCGUUCGCGACGUUCAACGACAGCGUCCAAGCCAUCGGGUGGUCGCAGCUCUGGGUCCGCGCCGCGUCGCCCGCCCACGACGACCGCGACUUUGGCUGCCGUCAUGGGUCGCUCACCCAUGCGCGCAUCCAAGAGCACUACCUCAACACGUACGAGUCGUUCUACGGCAACGACACGAUUGCGCCGGCCAAGGUCGCGCAGUGGCUGCAGAAGCACGUAGAGUACCUCCGGGCGCAAAUGCAAGGGCCCCACAAGGACCUCAACACGCUGCGCUACUGGCGUAUGCUCGGCGGCAUCUUUGCGCAGAUCGAGGGCUUGGCCGACGGCUACAACGACCACGGGUCCGGCACCCCGCUCUCCGUCGCCGACCUGUUCUUUCUCAACUCGGACGGGGACCUCGAGGACUUGAUUCCAGCGAUCAAUGCAACCGACGCUGCCGUCCGCAAAGAAGGCGAUGACGAAGGCGCGUCCUUAUCCCUCUACCAAGAGCUAACGAGUCUAAAAUGCUCGGGGCUCAUUCGGCUGUUGCCAAACGCGACGGACCUCAUGUGGGGGCAUACGACGUGGGACAUCUUCUCCGCCAUGAACAAGAUGUUUAAACAUUACGACGUGCCGCUGCCCGAAGGAGGCGCUCGCCGGCGCAUCUCCAUGUCAUCGAGCCCGGGAUACAUCUCGUCCGUCGACGAUUGGUACCUCUUGGACAGCGGUCUCGCCGUGCUCGAGACGACCAACGGCGUGUACAACAAGAGUUUGUACGAGCACCUCUCGACGCGCAGCGUGCUCUCGUGGAUGCGGUCCAAAGUCGCCAACGCCCUCGCCACCGACGGCGCGACAUGGGCCGACACCUUUAAGCGCCACAACAGCGGCACGUACAACAACCAGUGGAUGAUCCUCGACCUCCACCGGUUCACACCCGGCGUCGGACUGGCGGACGGCGGCCUCACGAUCCUCGAGCAGAUGCCUGGCGCUGUCGAAUCGAGUGACAUGACGCAGGUGCUGCGCGAUCAAGGCUACUGGGCGUCCUACAACGUCCCGUACUUUCCCGCCAUUUAUAACGCGACGGGCUUUCGCGCCAAGUUUGAUUUGCAAGGGAGCUCCGACUGGACGUACAACCACACGGCACGUGCCGAGAUCUUUCGCCGAGACGCGCCGCACGUGGCAACGCUCGAAGAUCUCAAACACCUCAUGCGGUACAAUGACUACGAGAGGGACCCGCUCUCCAAGGGCAACCCGGCGUGGGCCAUUGCGGCGCGGUAUGACCUCGCACACGGCAGCGCGUUCAAGCUGCACGGAGGCAUCGACUCCAAGGUGUCGUCCUUCCGGCGCGGCUUGGACUUGGAGUGCGACGCGAUCCUGGGACCGACCUCGGAGCAGCAGCCGACGUUUCAGUGGACGCCAGCGCUGGAGGCGCCGCAUCGGGGGCAGCCGGCCGCGUUCAAGUUUCCAUUUGUGACCAUGCGCCACCGCGAGUAUCUCGCCGACUAG